AUGAAAACCAAACAAAGAUACCGACCAUUUUUCAGCCCUGACCAAUGGACAACACCAUGCAUGAUAUUUAUUCAUAUACCUGGAAAAGCAGUGAUGAAGAUGAAGACCCCUUUCAACGAUAAUGGGACAAUCACUCCUACUUUGGAGAAUAGGACCUUAUAUAACAUGACAGUGGAUUAUUCCUCCACGGAUGUUACUGAAGACACCAGGCUAAAUUCCAACUUCAUCUAUGAUGACAAUGAACUUGACAAUUUAAUAGACUUUAUAAGAACAAUUUCCAUCAUAUGGUACAGUGUGACUUUAAUAUUGGGGGUAGUAGGAAACGGAUUGGUCAUCUGGAUUGCCGGCUUCAAGAUGAAGACAGUCAGUGCCGUAUGGUUCCUUCACUUGGCUAUUGCUGACUUUGUCACAUGUAUUUCUCUCCCUUUACGUAUAGCUGAUUGGGCUUUGUAUUACGAAAUUCCUUUUGAUAAUCUCCUAUGUAAGGCUGGUAUAACGAUUCUCUUCAUAAACAUGUUGAGCAGUGUUUAUUUUAUGACCGUCAUCAGCAUUGACCGAUGUGUCUCCAUUAUUUGGCCAAUUUGGACCAAAUCACACAGGACACCUAGGUUAGCCACCAUCAUAGCUAUACUUGUUUGGUUGUUGAGCCUACUUUCGAGUAUUCCUUAUCUGGUUUUAAACCAUGGGGUUGAUGAUGUCACCGAGUGUUAUCCCAAAUAUGAUUUACCUGUUGAAUCCUAUCUGAGAAUGAAAACAAAUUUCAUGUAUAUCACAAGAAAUGUCUGCAUGUUUUCAUUCCCUUUCAUCAUUAUCUUAAUAUCUUAUGGCUUCAUUUUUGUCAAGAUAAGAAGAAUUAAAAAAUCAAAUCGGUUUCAAAGACCAUUCCGAGUUAUCACCUCUGUCAUAGUAUGCUUCUUCAUCUACUGGUUUCCAUAUAACACCUGGCCAUUAAUAUCUUUUGAUAUAAGUUACUCAAGAACAGAUGUUGUCAUUACAGAAGUUUCCUUCUGCUUGGCUUACUUCAGCAGCUGCAUCAACCCCUUGCUCUAUGUCUUCUUUACCUAUGAUUUCAAGAAAAGUUUUGUAAAGUCCAUACCAGCUAUUUUGGAAAAUGCUUUUAAUGAGAGGUCUGAUCUUAACUGCAUGGACACUCCCGCUACUACAUUUCAAGCUGCAAGUUUGGAUUCUUCAUUAUAAAUAAUUUCCUGAGCGUGCACACUAAAAUGCUAUAUGUAUGAUAGUCUUAAAAAAUAUGUACAUGUGUUGCAUGUUACUUGGGGGGAGUUUUAUCAAAGCUCGGAGAAAGAUAAAGUAAAGAAUUAAGAGCUUUAUCUCCCUUUAUCUCUAUCCAAGUUUGAGACAUCUCCCCAUAAUAUGAAACAUAACUAAUUCUAUGUACCUCUUCAAGUCCCCUCCUGGAAUUCUUCAUCAUUAUUCUCGCACAGCCGGCUUAUAAUGAACAUUAUAAAAGAAAGGAGAACAAAUAUAUUACCUAAAGAGAAUUUAUUUCAUCAUGAUGGGUCAGGGUUGUAUCAGCCCAUGGAUAUUCACAGACAAUUGCUGUAACUGAGUAUACAUUACACCACUGUGACCAUUAGCUUCUUUGUGCUGUAGUGUGGUUUAAAAUUCACUUGAUUGGUGCACAGAAAUAUUGAUAGUUACAUAUGGUAUUAAGAAAACAAUCAAGUAAUACAGACAUUUAGCAGCACAUUCAUCAAUAUACCCCUAAGGCCACCUAAUAGACCUGUCACGCUGCAAUCCUGGGUCCAGCCCAGAUCACUUAACAUGGAUUUCAAGUUGUGUCACAGUCACUUGAACCCCAUUCACACCACCAUAUCCUGUGGGUUGUCCUCUGCCGGCACUUGGAGAUGACAUUGUCCUCUGCUGUGGCUUAGAGAUGACAUCAUCUCCAGGAGCCGGUGAGCCAGAUCUCCAUAUUUAUUGAACAUGAUCCAGAUUGGAUGACCUUGGCAACUAGUUCACACUGACCUUUAUCUACAGGAUACCUGGGUAGGAUUCCCCUGGACACGGUAUAACCCAUUCACACUGAGACGCAGCCCAGAUUAACCCAUCAAUAACCGGGGGUUUUGCGGUGUUGUGAUAGGGGUAUUAAACUUUAGUAUCCAACUCAAUGCAAACUGAAGCAUCAGACACUAUAUUACAAAACAAUUAAAUAUUGCUCCAAAACCAUCCAUCCCAUAAUAUCACUACUGUUUCCAUCACCAAUUAUUAUCAGCAGAAUUUUCUUUCAUCCAAAUAUUAAAAUUGAACAUUGAUGAAAGUUCCCUUACCAGCUUCAUGAAUAAGAUUAUUUUAAACCCUCAUGACCAGACCAAGUUUCACCCCUUCCUGUGUGGAAUAAAUUGGUAAUAACUUUAAAUCAUUCCUGUUUACUUAUUUAAAUGUUACAGGUUUCUCUCAGAACGAACAGUGCUUUUUAUGUGUAUCACACAAAGGCUUUAGCUUCUGUUGUGACAUUGAUGGGAUAUGAAUAUAUAUUUUCUAGAUACUGUAGGAAUGUUUUAAAAUAUCUUUUAAUCACAUACAGAUGUAGCCAACAUUAAAA